CGUGCGGCUUUGUGUGGCGGUGACUGUGACGGCGGCUUCACGAGCGUCGAACGGAAAAAAAAACAAAAAAGAACUUUAAAAAUUUCUAAAAAUUCAUUUAAAGCGCGCAUUAAAAGUGACACACAAUAGCUUUUCGGGGAACGCAAGUGCAACGUUGCGUAUGCGUAAUUUGAGUGACACUCAAGAAAAACACCUACAUCCACAGUCGCAGCAGCAGACUACGUGAAACGUGCCCAUAAAUACUGAAACAUUCUCAAGGCAAGGCACGCGCAAAUAAAAAAGCAAAAAUGUACAAGAGAAAGGCAUAAACUGGUAAUGCAAAAUAAUUGUUUUGCAGUACAAGUUCAACUUUGUUCAAAUAAAAACGAACUCUCCACACAAAGCUAAUCAAAUGCCAAACUACAUGUGAUUUGCGAUAAUAAUUUAAACUUCAAAAUCGAAUUUUCACGUGCGCCGCGUGAGUGCCUCAUACUUGUGAUUUAGUUAAUUAAACCGUAAACGCUAAGUAGACCGUCUAGAGCACCAAAUACACGUCCACGUCCAAUUCAAUUUGCACGAUUAGUCAGCAACACGUCUUUCUUGCUUAAUACCUGCCUCCGAAAUUGUCAAAAUUUCGCCAUCGCGUAUACACGCCGCCCCAAAGUCUCGAAGCGACUGCAGCUUUGAAGACAACAACACGCGCCCGCAUAGCAACAGCAUUGGGGCCGGAACCGACCGCUUGGGCCACAGUUCCAGCACAAUUGGGCGCAGUGUUAGACACAGGGGAAAACGUGAACGGGAACGCUUUAAGAAGCGCUUCAAUUGGCUAUUCCAAAUGCGGAUGAAAAUGACCAAACGCUUUUGGUUGCAUCGCCAGGAGUCAACCAAAAGUGAUAACUUUCCAAAGCCAAACGAAGUAACAGAAGGUGCCUUACAAGUGUGGCGUACACUUCCCGAACGCAUACGCCAGGAUCCCAGCUUAGCAUCGUUUCGACAGGAGCACGAGCGUCUACAUGGCGAUGCGGACGCCUUGCCACCGGAGCGAGUCGGCGACGAGCCACAGGACCAGAAUGGCCAUGACAAAGUGACGGCCAACGUUUUCACACAAAUCGGCAUCAAUGUGACGAACGAGGCGGGACAGGUGCGAGUGUUGGACGGCAGGGAUGUGGAGAACAACAACGAUGAUCAGCAAGAUGAGCCCGAGACCCACGGCACCAGCAAGCUGAGAACUUAUCUCACAUGGUUCAAAAUAACCAUACUGGUGGGGGUCUGGUGCCUGUUCACCGCCUUUCUGAUGUCCAACAACGAGCAUGUGGACCAACUCAGCCUCAUAAGUGUUCCUAGAAAUGGCUCCACGAAAGUCUUUCCCAUAACUACAGCUACACUGCAACGCAUAGGCCUGGGGCUUUGUGGUCCUUUCCGACUGCAGGAGAAUGAGCUGCAGCUGAAUGAUAGCAAGCCGUUGCCUGUGCUGCAAGUGCAGGUGACUCGAAGCUAUUACGACACGUACGGUAACGAGCUGUACAAGGAGCUGGCGAGCCAGCCAUGGCUGUUGGAUGUUGUCUAUUCGGAGCUUAUUGAUAACACCAAGGAUACGAAAAAGUCGCGCACCUUCGAGCUAACCCCCAGCGACUCUCAAUGGCUGUCGCUGACGAACAGCACGGAGCUGAACUUCGAGUUCAGUAGCACCAUCGAUGGAGAGCUACCGUUGCAGCUGAAUGUGGAUGAGUCACCCAUUUAUAAGAAGCAUGGCGUUAUCUAUGCCGCCGUGGUGCUCUGUGGUCUCUACGUGAUGAUCAUUUGGGAGAUUGUUAAUCGCACUUUUGCCGCCAUCAUCGCCUCAACGCUCUCGGUGGGCAUUUUGGCAGCGCUCAACUCAAGACCCUCUAUGGCCACCAUAAUGGGUUGGAUUGAUGUGGAGACGCUGUUGCUGCUCUUUGGCAUGAUGAUACUGGUGGCGAUAUUAUCAGAGACCGGCGUGUUUGACUAUCUGGCUGUGUAUGCCUAUAAAAUAACGAACGGCCAUGUCUGGCCCCUUAUCAAUUGCCUCUGUCUGUUCACCGCCAUUCUGUCCUCCUUCCUGGACAACGUCACCACUGUACUGCUCAUGACACCCGUGACGAUACGACUUUGCGAGGUCAUGUCACUCAAUCCUGUACCCAUACUCAUGUGCAUGGUGAUCUACUCAAAUAUUGGCGGAGCACUGACGCCCGUUGGCGAUCCACCAAAUGUGAUCAUUGCAUCAAACAGCUACAUAUCAAAGAAUGGUGUCAAUUUUGCCAUCUUUACGCUGCACAUGCUGCCAGGUGUUCUUCUGGUGAUGAUACAAACCUAUAUACAGUUGCGCUUCAAGUUCCGCAACAUUAGCGACCUCCAGUUCAAGGACUCGCCCGAAGUCGAGGAGCUGCGUCAUGAGAUCCAUGUGUGGAAGCGCGCAGCGGCCAGUCUCUCGGCGUACUCCAAAGACGAGGAGCUUGUGCGACAGACGCUCAUGAAGAAGGUGAAUCGCCUAAAGCGCAGCCUUAAGAAGCGCAUGACAUCGGUGAUCGAACCAGCGCCCAACUAUGAACAGACCCUGGCCAACUUGCAGGCCAAGUACCCCAUCCGUAAUAAGCAACUGCUGAUCAAGUGCACUGCCGCUUUGGUCUUCGUCAUCAGCCUGUUCUUUUUGCACUCUGUGCCGGAGCUGCAGCGUCUCUCUCUGGGCUGGACGGCCUUGUUGGGUGCCAUUUUUCUCAUCAUUCUCGCUGACAUUGAGGACAUGGAGGCCAUUUUGGCGCGUGUGGAAUGGUCUACAUUGCUGUUCUUUGCCGCCCUCUUUAUACUAAUGGAAGCUUUGACUGAACUGGGCCUAAUCGACUGGAUUGGCAACAUGACGGAAGGCAUUAUAUUGGGAGUGGGCGAGGAGCAUAGGCUGAUGGUCGCCAUUUUGAUUAUAUUAUGGGUGUCCGCCAUAGCCUCGGCGUUCGUUGAUAACAUACCGCUGACCACCAUGAUGGUCAAAAUAACCAUAUCACUGGCCCAGAACAGCACACUGAAUUUGCCACUACAGCCACUGGUUUGGGCGCUGGCCUUGGGCGCCUGCUUGGGCGGAAAUGGCACACUUAUUGGUGCGUCUGCGAAUGUUGUUUGUGCUGGCGUUGCUGAGCAACAUGGAUACAAAUUUACAUUCCUACAGUUUUUCAAAGUUGGUUUUCCGAUCAUGAUCGGCAGCAUUGUGGUCACCACGGGCUACUUGCUGUUCUCGCACUCGUUGUUCGCGUGGCAUUGAUGAAAGGCCCCUAGCAGCAGGGAAUUGACUCUGUCGGUUUCUGAACAAGGCGCACUUUACCUCGUUACCUAAUGCGAAAAUUUCAAUAGAUUCAAAACAUUCGAGAUUUAUGCCAACUGCUGCAGUUCAAACCAACUGAUCAACAAACAAACAAAUAAAAACCACCACGCCGAAACAAAGAAAUUUAAAAAUGAUCUAGGAAGCUAAGAAAACAACAACAAUUUAUGAUAAAUUAAAUUAAAAUUCUAAACACACGAAAUAAACAACAAGAAAAAAUUACAAACAAAAUAUUACAAAACAAUUAUUUUUACACGUCGUUGUUAGUGUAGUAUUUAGUCUAAUGAAAAAAUAAAUAUACAUAUAUUUAAUUAUUUUAAAAAUGUCGCUGAACUGUGAAACACUUGUUAAAUGUUUAAAUGUAUAAUGAGGAUCAGGACACAGGGAAUCGAAAUGAAUAACUGUGCGCAACAAUAUGCUCUAAUAUUGUAUAAACUAUUGUAAUUGCUCGAAGAUUACAAUUUGUGUAAAAAAUGUCCCCCAUUGGCAAUUAUUAGCUAAGAAACCACACACCAACCACCCCAACAAACACACACACACACACAAACAAAGGAAUCAUGAUAACUUUCCUUUUCCUUUUUGUCGCUUAAUGUUUAAAGUAAUUUGAGUAAAAAGACGCAAAUGAAAAAUUACAAUUACAAUUUCGUUGCUUUAUUUGUUAUUAUAAAAUUUGAUUAUUUAUUAGAUAAAUGUGUAUGAAUAAAACAA